ACGUCAUCACACUGUGAUAUUAAGGCAGGGCUUCCCACUGCGGUGCUUCAGGCUCUCUCCGGAGAGGUAACCGGCCACGUCAUCACACUGUGAUAUUAAGGCAGGGCUUCCCACUGCGGUGCUUCAGGCUCUCUCCGGAGAGGUAACCGGCCACGUCAUCACACUGUGAUAUUAAGGCAGGGCUUCCCACUGCGGUGCUUCAGGCUCUCUCUGGAGAGGUAACCGGCCAUGUCAUCACACUGUAAUAUUAAGGAAGGGCUUCCCACUGCGGUGCUUCAGGCUCUCUCCGGAGAGAUGGAAGACAGUGAUCAGAUGGAUGAGUCCCUCACAGACUCCUCCAGCUCACACAGUGAGCCUCAACCAGAAGAUUACACAAACCUGUCCACUUCACCUGACUACAAAGUGCUGUACCGUAAGGUGCUAAAGGAUAACGAGGUGCUCAGGGAGAAGCUGCAGGAGACAGAACUGCAGCUCAAUCAGAACAAAGUGGACCUGGAGAGACUGAAGCAGAAUCAGGAGCAGAGUUCAGACAGACCAGCCUUGUUGGAGCUGGAGAGAUAUGAAAAAAAAGCAUUGGAGACAAAGGCAAUGGAACUGGAAGAUGAACUGAAGAUUCUGGCUGACCUCAGAGCUGACAAUCAGCGGUUAAAAGAUGAAAAUGCCGCCCUCAUCCGUGUUAUCAGCAAGCUUUCCAAAUGAUUCAUAAGUACGUGCUUAGAUUGAAAACAAAUGAGCUCGCCCAUUCCUCAGACCACGGGUAAAGGUAAACAGUGACAUUCACAGCGCAGGUUAAAACUGGUUGGUUGCUUAAGUUAACAUGAGUGAUUGUAUCCGAGUGUGUGUUGUUUUUUGUUUCUUGAAUGACCAGUUUUGUUCUCUUACUGAAAAAGAUAAAACUAAUGUACUUGAAUUUAUCACAACUGCACUUAGCUAUUCUUGGUUAAAUGGACUGAAAAGAUAUGACUGCAUAUGCUGUUUUGCUGUUUUAUAAUUUACAGGAAAUAGUCUCAAAGUUGUUGUUCUCUGACUUUUUUUACGAUGUUCCUUGUUUCAGAAAGCCAGCAUGAAAUUGCCAAUGUACUACAUUGUUAAGUAGUAUAGUUAACAUGAUUAUUAUUAUUAUUAUUAUUAUUAUUAUUAUUAUUAUUAUUAUAGAAACUAUUUUAAUUCAACAUAGAAUAUUUCACGGCAUAAGGAGCAAAGCAAAAUGUGACCAUUAUCCUCCUUUAAAUAGAGAAAUGUUUGUUAGAAACGGUAUAAAUUAAUAGGAAUGUGAUACUUUAAGUUGCACAGUAAGAGCUUAUUCAUGAGUUCUUUUUUUAACUGUACGUUUUUUCUGAAAUGUUUGCGUUGGAUCAGAAAUUGCAGUUAUGCAGAGUAUCUCAAGAUCUUUUACAGCCAAACACCUUCACUUCUUUCUUUUUUUGUUCUCUAUUGCACAUAGCGGCCAUUACUACAGUUUACUGUGGUCUAAAAAUGUCAGGACUUUCAUACUGUGAAAAACUAAAACAAUAGGCAAAGGGGACACACUGUUUACUAAAGCUUCUUAGUGUAUGCCAUAAAUAUUUUAAUGUGCCUUAUACCUUUAAAGAUAUUGUAAAUGCAUUCUGCUGAAGUAUUUUGGUUAUGUAGUUGGUUAUAUCUUUGGGAUUUGUCAUUGAAAGGGAGAUUAUUUUGUAUGUAGGAAUUGAUAAAAUGACCUACAAAUCCCAACAGAGCCUGGUGUUUUUGUACUGUCUGCUUUUUAAGUAAUGUAUUAAGAACAAACCUGUGGAUUUUAAAAUGCUACAUAUCUAAGUGCUUUAGGAUCCGGAGGCCUGCUUAACCACAACUCCACCAGACUGGUUUCACUUUACUGCUUGACAAGUACAGCUUCUUUUUGAAAUAGUUUCCUUUGGUUCAGUUACUUUACUAAUCUAUUUUUCUUAGUAGUUGCUGUAAAAAGUGUCUAUGUAUUGUGAAAAAUUUAGAAAAUCUCUGGAAUUACUGUACAGUUAUGGCCUGGACAUUUGAGUCCUAUUUUGAAAUAAUGGUUUACUGGAGUUUUGCAACAAAACACAUGCAAUUAAAACACGUGAUUGUGAGCUUAAAUAGGUUUAUAUAAGGACAAUUGAUAAAUAUGCAUGAGUAAUACAGCUGAAAAAAAGUCUUUAUUUGUACUAUUUUAAAAAGCCAAUAGUGUAUGAUAAUCUAAAAAAAAAUCAUAAAAAAGUACGUUUUGACUGGGAAAAACAUAGUUUUUAGUGCCUGUAUCCAUAAUUAGGUUUUCAUGCAUUUUGUCCAUUUGGAAUUGCUGUAAGAUGGUUAUUGAAAAUAAGUUCUGCUAGCAGGUAUCUUCUCAGCUUUUUAAAUUUCCCAGCGAUUUCCAGCCCCUUGCUGAGGUACUAGUGAUAAAACCAAAAACUAGUGUUCCCUAGCACCAGCACAAAGCUAGCUGUUUGACAGAUACUGAAAACAUGCAUUGAUGUUGAUUGUCGAGGUAUGUGAGGGUUUGCUUGCUUUUUUUUUUUAAACAUAAAUGAUCUUCCUGUAUUGAGGGCUCAAGCUCAUUAUUUUAAAAAUGUUUUACAAAUUUUUCUAUCUUCAGUGAAAACAUCUGGGAUUUAGAGUUCAUUGUUGGGGUAUCAAAGAAAAAAGAAAAAUAGCGUCUGGCUAAAAAGGAGUCCUUAUUUGAAAGUGAUAUCCUUAAAGAUAAAAAAACUUCGUAGUAUGGAUUAUAAAUUGUGCUAAGACUAUUACUUGAAUUCCACUUAUUUAUUCAUUUCAUGUUUUACAGAAAAAUGGUAAAUGUAUAUGGUUUUCAAGAUGUUUUUAAAUAAAUUAUUUUCUCUAGAAAGUAAUUUCCAGAACUAUUAGAAUCUUUGUCAUAAUAUUUUUCUGUAUUUUAUGUGGCAGGUCCCGUUAGAGUGAAUGAAAUAUAAGCCAUAUUUCUUAAUUUGAAAAAUUAACAUUACCACUAUAAAGAGUGUUAACUACUGCCAGUAUUAAGAUGUAUUUAAGAUUUGUUCUAUAGUUCUGUAUAAAACAGACCUUUUUCUCCUGUGGUUUGGGUGGCAAAUUGUACAAAUGCAGGCAAAUUUACAUAAAUGGAAAUUAGACUUUUUAAACUGAUGGUGAAUGAAAACAGACUCGCAGGCUUUACCAUUCCGUAACAUAAUGCUCACUUAAUGUUAUUUUUAUGAUUUAAUGCCAAUACUUAAAUAUAACUAAGGAUACUCUAAGUGGUAUUUCUGGAUGUGGAGUUACUUUAGUAUUACUUUAGUGUGUAAUAGUGAAUAACACGCUUCUUUGCCAUUAUUUCAGAAAAGAUCUGCAGUUGUCCCUUACAGUGCAGUUACAUAUUGUACAUAUUGGCCCUGUAUUCUAUGAAAUGCUAACUUUUUUUCCAUCAUUUUAUACUUUACCUGUAAUGAAAUAUAAGAAUCAUCUUUUGGCCCAUUCCACAUAAAGUGAAACUGUGUGAAAGUCUGCAUUAUGCUGAUUUUUUUCCCAAUUGUUCAAUUAAAACUGCGUAUUGUAGAUCUACAUUUUACAGGGUAUGCCCAAUCCAGCACGCUGCAUUAAAGUGUGACUCAUCACAAACAACCAGUACAUAGACAUGAAAGAAUCAAUGUAUCUGUAACCAACCACCUUGCUCACUAUAAGCGUUUGGAAGAUGGAGGCAUGUAGCAUAAUUUUUAUCCGGCUAAAAAAAAAAACAUAUUUUGCUAGACACCUGUUUUACCAGAAAGCAACCAACGGUCAUUUUUAUUUCUGUUUUAUCAUUUCUGUGCUAAAGAUAAUAUUUUGAUAUUGAUUUUGCUAUAUUUUUAUACUAUAUGUAUUUAUCUGUCAUGGUAGUUUAUACACUGUUAAAAAUGGUAUCUUUCAUCUACCCAAAUGCAAAUAAAUUGAUAUAUGUAUUCA